CUGUUUUAAUGGUGCACUCGCGCCUCUUCCGGUCUCUUUCGAUUCAACACUGAGGAAAGAUGACGAAGGGUACGUCGUCUUUCGGUAAGCGUCGCAAUAAGACGCACACACUGUGCCGCCGCUGUGGAUCCAAGGCGUAUCACCUGCAGAAGUCCACCUGCGGGAAAUGUGGCUACCCCGCCAAGCGCAAGAGAACGUACAACUGGAGCGCUAAGGCCAAGAGGCGCAGCACCACAGGAACGGGCCGAAUGAGACACAUGAAGGUCGUGUUCCGUAGGUUCAGAAAUGGAUUCCGUGAAGGAACCGUACCCAAGCCCCGUCGGGCAGCAGUGGCUGCGUCCAGCUCCUCAUAAACUGUUUCCAAUAAAAGUGACGUUUCAAAUGUC